AUGGGUGGUAGCAAGAAAAAUCGGCGCAGGAACCCAGCUGAUGACAAUGGAGUUGAUCUCCUCAGCCUUGCUUUCAACCUGCCCACGCGCCGCGAUUUUGAACGUGCAGACAGAGUGGCAGACCAGAGCCAGAUCCACACACAGAGCGUCAGGAUUCAAUAUGACGCUGGCGAAGACGAAUCUAGCGAGGCCGAGUCCUCGACUGUCUCUCAAGCAGAUGGCAAAAGAUCAGACACUCAAGAUGUUGAUGAGACGCCAAAAGCCCGAAAAUCAUCCAAGCCUCGGCAGCAACAGCAGGCCAAGGAAAAGAAGAAUGACCGACGAGCCCCUUCUCCGAAAGAUACUCAGAAAACACCUGACCAGGCCAAAAUGCCGUUACUUACGCGUCGACUUUCGAAACGGGAGACUUCCAAGCCCCCCAAGUCUCGUGAGAGGUCGUCCUCAAGCCCAGCCUCUCUGAGAGCUCCUUCUCCUGCUUUUUCCAUACCAUCUUCAGCUACCUUUCCUCGUGCCACGUCUAAGCACUCUCAAAAAGCCGCUAAUAUCGCUGCUUCAGACGCUUCUGCCAGGCCUCUUCAGCUUCACAUUGGCGGAGGAGCUCAACCGCAGCAAUUCUAUCAGCCCAUGUUUGCUUUUCCCACGGCUUCUGUGUACCCUCAGACACAAUUCUACUCUACUGUUGGCAAUGAUUCUACUUUUGGCUGUAAUCAAUAUGUACCUUUUCCCAUGAGCCCACUGCCCUCUACCAAUACCAUGACAACACCACAGCCGCGCAACCUAAUUUCUCAGCAAGUUCAAUAUAUUCAAAGCGAUCUCGACGAAGUUGUGAUGAAGCUUUCACAGAACCCGGAUGAUGCUACCUUGAAGGGUAACCUGUCAGCUCUGCAGACUGAACUCAACACUCGGCUGAACUCUUUAUUGGGUACGGAACGCCAGAAGGAAUCCAAAGCCUCGGAUGUCUCCAAGUCUCAUGACUUGACAAUGAUGUCCCCCAUGUCUCAACUCACGACCACACAGCAGGAGAGGAGCCCUAAAAGGAAAAUUCGCCAUCACUUGUGCACGGGCUGCGGCAAGGUUCGCUCUUCCGACUAUCACAGCAAGCGCCCUGUCGUUCCAGGACAAAGGCCUUCCAAGAACUACUGUGAAGACUGCUUUGAAGACAAAGUUGAGAAGGGGAUUUUGGAACAUCAUUUUUGCUAUGGCUGUGGCACUGCCAGAUCCAAGGAAUUCCAUCAGAAUCACCCGAUUUCGAAGGAGGAUAAGCCCUUUCCUAACUAUUGCUCGAUAUGUGUUGAAGAGAUCCGGUCAGCUGAGACUGUUGCAGACUUCUCCGUAGUUGAUUUUGCCCCAGAAUACCGGUCCUCAAGCAAUUACGCACACUUGGAUGCAACCGGCGGUCAAUUUCAGAAUUACAAGCAUGUUGAUUCGUUUAACUCAAAGGAAGGAUUGAGCAACAAUGACAAUCAAUCCAACAUCUUGUUGAACUCGGCUCCUGGCGAUGACAGCGACAAGAUUGAUUCUUAUGGAAGAAAGAAGAUGCCACACACGCUCAAGAUUUCCACAAGCGGCCCCCAGUUGAGCUCUUCAAACUCUUCACCCGACUCUCCAUAUUAUCCAGUUCGCCAUACUGGAGCAUCCCAAAGACGCGCACAGAGAAGCCCCCUUACUAGCCCAGGAAGUCAAUACUGCAGCUCUCCCGAUACUCCGACUACGCCAAGAUAUCAAUCUCCCUAUGUUGAAGAUGUUAUUUCGCCCAUCCAAGAAGCAAAGAAGCCGGAUAGGGGCCAUCAAUUUCAUUCAACGGCACCUAGCGGACGAGAUCCUCAGAGUAGUUGUCUUCAUCGCUCUGCAAAAGAUCACAGCCCUGAAAUUUCUCAAGAGGUAUCCGACGAUUCUACGGAAGGGCACACUUCCACCGACGAUUCAGCCCAAUCUACCGGGAGCAAGUCUGUGAAAUUUAGGCCAAAAGUUGAUAUUCGUCUCUCGGAUUCCCGAACAUCAAGCAAUGCCUCAUCGCAUGCCAAGAUUCUUGAAGAAGAUAUCAAGCCUGACGAUGAUACCAUACCAAGUCGGGUGGGUAUAUACGGAACUUCGCCAGUGAAAUCCCAAAACGGGUAUUACCCAAGAGCGCUAGGUUCUCACAAGGUGUCUUCUGUUGCUGGUGAGGACGGAUACGUGGAAGCCAUACCAGAAAGAAGCUACAGAGGAGCUUUUUCCAAGGACAGCCCAGCAAGUUCGUGGAUGCCCCCUACGUCCAACACUGGAGGAGAUUUUUGGUAUUCGAGGCCCGCUGCAUAUCAGUCUACCACAUCUCCCAGUCCCACGACGGAAGGUUUCAAAGGAUUCCAGCCAGGUGGCCACUCUACUUUCAAUUAUGGUUCCAGAGGCGGAAAUGGGGCCGAAAAUGGCCCUCCACCGCUUCGCACCACUGACAAUACAUUCAACCCAACAGAUGCCGACACCACGAAGGAAAGAGAAUCGCAAAAGUCUCCCCUUUCACCAAGCUCCGGCUCUCAAUCUCAAGGUGCCCCAGGAUCGUCCGGGAAUAGUUGGAGGUACUACACAUCUCCAUUUGGAGGAGAUCCAAAAGCAGAGUCCACAUUCAAAAAGACGUCCCCCUGGAGCAACUUCUCUUCUCGGUCUGACGCUGAGUGCCACACAAUGCAAGACGAUUCUUCGUUCAGUCAGAGUGCAUUUAGUGACUACUCUCAGCCCAGCAGUAAUCCUUACUAUGAACCUCGCAAACGAACCUUUCCCGAUAUAAAUGAUUAUUGCUUUUUCGGCACCCGGACCCAUCGCACUCCUGGCAAGUGGGCAAAGGACUACCAAAGUGCAACAAAAUUGCCCAAGCCGACGCCAUACUGGAUUCCCGAGCCUAUCAUAGAGGAACCAGAUUCCCCAGAGAGCUCGCCAGGGAAAAAGUCCAACAUGCUUGAGUUUGAUGACAUCGACAUUUCUCCUGCAUCUGUCAGCAAUCUUGCCACUAGCUCAUCGCCUGAUUCAGCAGAGGGCAUUACUGAUCUUGUUGAGCCCGAAACCAAGUUGGACGAUGAGUCUGACAAGGAGAACACGCCCUGCAAAAACAGCGGUGAUAUGUCACCUCCCGAGUAG